AUGAGUGUUGAUAAAUUUGGUAGUUUCUCAAAUAGUACCUCACCCAGAGGACCAAGAGGAAAACAAGGAGAGCAGGGACCACCAGGUGUACAGGGAGAGCGAGGUUUGCCUGGACCAGCUGGGAAGGGAUUCCUCAAAACAGAAAGCGGAGAUUACAACAUACACUUAAAACGGUUAAAAAAUGUUCAAGAACCACAAGAACAGGAAGACGCUGCUACCAAAAAAUAUGUUGAUGAAACAUACGAACAACUUAAAGAAUACAUCCAAUAUGGAUCAAUAAAUGGGUUCACAGUAGUCAAUGAAGAUGAUGUUAAAAGUGCCAUAACAGCAGUUUUGGAUAAAACAAUGUCGUUAAGAGGGGCUGCUGCUGCCUUCGGAAUAUUGCCAACUACAUUGUAUUACCGUAUUAAAAAGUUAAAAAGUAAUAAGGAGCCACAGAGCUUAAAAUUUUCAAGCAAAUAUUCAACACAGCAAGUUUUUACUAAUGGUGAAGAAAAGAUGCUUGAAAAAUAUUUGAUACGAAGCUCGAAGAUGAAUUACGGACUGACCAAAAUUCAAGCUCGAGUAUUAGCUUUUGAAUACGCCACAUUGUUGCAAAAAUGUCCCGAAGCAUGGAGGGAAAAUCAAAUGGCUGGAAUUGAAUGGAUUUAUGGCUUUAUGAAGCGUCACUCAGCGCUUUCAAUACGAAAACCAGAGAAUACAAGUUUGUCAAGGGCUACUAGUUUUAACCAGAAGAAUCUUGAAGAAUUUCAUUCAAAUUAUGAGAGAGCACUCGGUAAGUUUAACUUUACAGCUGAUCGGAUUUUCAAUUUGGAUGAAACCGGGGUCACUACAGUAGUUCAAGCUCCAAACGUCAUUGCACAAAAAGGGCAAAAACAGGUUGGACAAUCUGUUUCUGCUGAGAGGGGCCAAUUAAUUACUAUGUGUGCUAUUGUAAGUGCAAUUGGUAAUACUAUACCUCCCGUGUUCAUAUUUCCGCGGGCUAGAUUUCAUGACACAAUGCUUAAUGGAGCACCAACUGGUAGCGUUGGUUACGCUAACAGCCCAACUAGUGGUUGGAUGACUGGAGGACUUUUUGUUAAAGUUCUUGAGCACAUUCAGAAAUCCACAAGAUGCACUAAAUCAGACAUGAUAUUACUUUUAUUGGACAAUCAUGAAAGCCAUUGCACAAUUGAUGCCAUUAACUUUUCCCGUGAUCAUGGUAUAGUCCUAGUUAAUUUUCCUCCCCAUUGCACUCAUCGCCUUCAGCCUCUUGAUAUUGCUGUUUUGGGACCCUUCAAGCAAAAAUUAUCGAUAGCACAAAACGACUGGCUACUUAACAAUCCCGGCAAAACAAUAAGAAUACACGAUCUUCCAGCUAUUGCAAACACUGCGUACAUGGCUUUCUUUACUCAAAAGAAUAUAACCUCUGGCUUUGCUAAGCCAGGCAUUUUUCCAUUUUCAAGGAGUGCAUUCACUGAAGAAGACUUUCAAUGUUCAGAGGUCACAAAUCGAAAAUUGCCUGAGUCUGCUGAAGUCACGAAUGAAAAUAUUGAACCACUGUCGAAUGAAGCCGAUUUUCCAGCUCAUAAUAUGAUUACAACACCCACUGACAUAAUUUCACCUGAAAUUGCAAGGCCUUAUCCGAAAGCUGCCCCAAGGAAAACCACAACUGGAGGCCGAAAGAAAGGAAAGUCGCGGAUACUUACCGAAACCCCUGAAAAAAAUGAAAUUGAAGAUGCCUAUAUAAAACGCCAAAAGAGUCUGAAAAAAAACACCAAUUCUGCCUUUAAUUAA